UUCCAUCAAGAGCGGAUGGAGGCAUGAAAAAAAUAAAAAAAGGGGUUAUCCCUUCAAAAAACUUACCACAAACUUUAGUGACUGAAAGAAAGAAAAACCGACAAUUGAUCAAAGAGCGUUUGGAAAGAGCCCGACAAAGAUCGAUUAAAAAACAGAGUACAGACAUAUUGAUAGAAGAAAACCAAGACAUUGAAAAAAAUGCAGAGGAUUCGUCUGAAGAUUUUCAAUUACAACAACAAGAAAAUGAUCCUGUUGCUGACGAAACUGAACAAUUUGAGCAAGAUGUAUAUCAACCAUGGAAAAUAGAUAAAGAAACUAGUACAGAAUCAGUAUUGAAAGUGGACAAAGGAACUUGCACAGAUGUAGUGGAGGAACCAUCAAUAGUGCAUAAACUUAUAGAUAGUGAUGAGGCUCUAGUUGCAGAGUUAGAAGCCUUAAUGAAAUGUGUUAAAGUUCUUCGCUCAAAUUUCAAAAUAAGAUCUGUUCGGUUACCUAUCAAAGAUG